UCCACUUCCCUUCCCUUCCCUUCUUCACUUCACUCCACUCCACUUGAGAAAUGGCUUUCUCAAUCUUCAUUCCCCAUAUUGCCCCUACAAUCCUCUUCUAUUUCCUCCUCCUACCCUCCCCCAUUUCCUCCCUCAACAUCACCCUCCUCCUCUCCUCCUACCCCUCCUUCUCCGACUUCAGUUCCCUCCUCUCCUCCACCGGCAUCGCCGCCGAUCUCGCUUCCCGCUCCUCCCUCACCCUCCUCGCCGUCCCCAACGCCCUCCUCCGCGCCCCCUCCUCCCCCAACCUCGCCGAUGUCCUCCGCUACCACGUCCUCCUCGAAUACCUCUCCCUCUCCGACCUCCGCCGCAUCCCCCCCGCCGGCAAGCUCGUCGCCACUCUUCUCCAAACCACCGGCCGCGCCGCCGCCAAUUCCGGCUCCGUCAACAUCACAAUCGACGCGAAUUCGAUCACAUUCCACUCCCCUGCCUCCAACGCAACCCUAAUUUCCCCAAUCAAAACCCUACCCUACAACAUCUCCAUCCUCUCCCUCAAUUCGCUCCUCAUCCCCGCCGAUCCCGAUCUCGCCGCCUCGGAGACGGGCCCCCCGCUAGGGCUCAACAUCACCAGCACGCUAAUCAACGGCCACGACUUCAACGUCGCGGCGGCGAUGCUGGCCGCGUCGGGCGUGAUUUCCGAAUUCGAGGCGGACGAGGGCGGCGCCGGGAUCACGAUGUUCGUCCCCACCGACGAGGCCUUCGCCGACCUCCCUCCCUCGGCGAAAUUUCAAUCCCUAGCGGCGGAUCGGAAGGCGGCGGUGCUCCGAUUCCACGUGCUCCACUCGUACUACCCGCUCGGCUCGCUGGAAUCGAUCGUGAACCCGGUCCAGCCGACGCUCGCGACGGAGCAGAACGGCGCGGGGAGCUUCACGCUCAACAUCUCCCGCGUCAACGGAUCUGUUGGAAUCGACACCGGAAUCGUGCAGGCGUCGGUGACGCAGACGGUUUUCGAUCAGAACCCCGUCGCGAUUUUUGGGGUUUCGAGAGUGCUGUUGCCGCGGGAGUUUUUCGGGAGGGAUCCGAUUGAUCUCUUCAAGCCUAGUGGCGGCGGCGAUGCUCCGCCGCCGGAUAUCGCGAUGUCGCCGGAGAAUUAUGGGCCGGCGAAUCAUUUGUCGGCGGGAGGGGCUGGGGGCGGAGGAGUGGGGGUAUUUUGGGGAUUGUGGUGUACGGUAAUUUUUUAUUUUCUGAAUUGAAAUUCAAUUAUUCAUGAGUUGAAAAUUUGUAAAAGAAGAGGAAAAUUUAACACGCUCCAGAAUCCAGAUUAUGAAUGUGGUGACCAAAUUGGUUGAGUGUUUGCAGAUUGAUGGUACAUUGUGAUGUAAAGAAGAUUAAUUUUUUCGGACAAUUUUGGAGGCUAGAUUUUGAUGUACAAUAUUUUACUAGUUUUUAAUGCAGAAUUUCGGUUUCUUGUA